CUGGCCGUGGGGCCGGCAGGCGGCGCUGGUGCGUCUAUCAGCUGACGGCUCGAUCCACCACCGAAGAAGAGCGCGGUGACGUCACCCAUCCAACGUGGAGUGCCGCCGCCGUCUCCCAUGCUUCCCCGCCUCCUCCGCGCUGCGCCUGCCUCCGCCCGUCUCGCCCCCGCCCGGCCCCUGACCCGUUCCGGACCCGGCAUGGACCCGGACCCGGGCCCGGACCGGCCCGUGGAGCGGGCCAUCAGGACCAAGCUGAGCGCGGCGCUGUCCCCGGACCACCUGGAGGUCCACAACGAGAGCCACAUGCACGCCGUGCCGCCCGGCGCCGAGUCCCACUUCCGGGUCCUGGUGGUCAGCCGCCGCUUCGCCGGCCUGCCGCCGCUGCAGCGCCACCGCCUGGUCCACCAGGCGCUCAGCGAGGAGCUGGCCGGACGCGUCCACGCCCUCGCCAUCCAGGCCAAGACCCCCGAGCAGUGGACCAGCAACCCCACCCUGGACCGGAGCCCCGCCUGCAGGGGGGGCUCCAGGGGGGACGGAGCGCUGCGGGACAAGCUGCAGGCCGGGGGGGACUGAGGGGGGCGUGUGUGUGUGUGUGUGUGUGUGUGUGUGUGUGUGUUGCUUCACCUGGACUCUGGAUUAAAGCGGCUCU